GGGGCCUGGAACCCCAUGGACCCCAUCUCGUCCCCGUCAAGUCCUCGGGGCUGCAGGAGGCAGUGUGCAGACUUGAGACUGUGGGUCACCAGGCCACUCACCCGUCUCCCUGUGCUCCCACAGCUGCCUCUGGGCUCGAGAGAUGGGUGCUCUUCUGGGCGCCCCCUCCCCUGGCAGGGCCCGCGGACACUGCUGCUGCACAAAAGCCUCCAGGAUGGCUUUGGCUUCACCCUGCGCCACUUCAUCGUGUACCCACCCGAGUCCGCCGUGCACUGCAGCCUGAAGGAGGAAGAGAAUGGAGGCCGAGGAGGAGGACACUCCCCCCGGCACCGCCUGGAGCCCAUGGACACCAUCUUCGUCAAGAAUGUGAAGGAUGAGGGCCCUGCCCACCGGGCGGGGCUUCGCACAGGAGACCGGCUGGUGAAGGUGAACGGGGAGAGUGUCAUUGGGAAGAGCUACUCCCAGGUCAUAGCUCUGAUCCAGAACAGCGAUGAUGCUCUGGAGCUUUCCAUCAUGCCCAGGGACGAGGACAUCCUCCAGCUGGCCUACUCGCAGGAUGCCUACCUGAGAGGGAACGAGCCGUAUUCUGGAGAGGCCCAGAGCAUCCCAGAGCCGCCCCCCAUCUGCUACCAUCGGAAGACUUACGCCCCGCCAGCCCGGGUCUCUGCCUGGGCCAGUAUGGUGCCUGAGCCCCACUCAGCACUGCCCAGUGACCCCCGGAGUCCUGCUGCCUGGAGUGACCCGGGGCCCCGCGUCCCAUCUACUGUCCGCACCCAUUCGGACAACCCUUCUUUGGGGAUGAGCCAGCCCCGCCCCAGCCCUGGUGCCUUCCCCCACCUUCCCUUAGAGCCCCGGACACCCCGUGCCUUCCCGGAGCCUGGCAGCCGGGUGCUCCCCAGCAAACUGGAGUGCCAGCAGGCCUUGUCACACUGGCUGUCUAACCAGGUCCCCCGCAGGGCGGGGGAGAGACGGUGCCACGCCAUGCCCCCUCGGGUCCGCAGUGCCUCCCAAGACCGGUUAGAGGAUAUGACUGCCCGCCACCCGUGGCCCUGUUCCACCUCCCAGGGUGCCUUGAGCCAGCUGGGCCAGGAAGGCUGGCACCGAGCUCGCUCAGACGACUACCUGAGCCGGACCACCCACUCAGCUGAGGCACUGGGGCCAGGGGCGCUGGUGUCACCCCGAUUCGAGCGCUGUGGCUGGACUUCCCAGCGUCCAUCAGCCCGCACUCCAGCCUGCCCAUCCAGAGACCUCUCCGGGCCCCAGGCUCCACCCCCACCUGGUCUGCAGGGCCUGGAUGACACGGGUUACAUUGGGUACCGGAGCUACAGCCCAUCAUUCCAGCGCCGGACUGGCCUCCUGCACGCACUCUCCUUUCGGGACUCACCCUUUGGAGGACUGCCCACCUUCAACUUGGCCCAGUCCUCUGCACCGUUCCUACCAGAGGCCUCUGAACCACCCAGGGUUGGUCGGCCAGAACCCAGUCCCCGGGCCCUGGAGCCUCCCGCCGAGGAUCAUCGAGAUGAGGUGGUCCUGAGGCAGAAGCCGCCAACGGGCCGCAAGGUCCAGCUCCCCCCUGCAAGACAGAUGAACCGUGGAUUUGGUGACGAGUGCCCAGAGCCAGAGACCAGUGGGCGAGGGGAACGCCCGGGCAGGAAUGUGGCCCCUUUGGCCACUACAGAAGACUCUCUGGCUUCCAUCCCCUUCAUUGAUGAGCCCACCAGCCCCAGCAUUGACCUACAAGCCAAGCACGUCCCCGCCUCUGCUGUGGUCUCCAGUGCCAUGAACUCGGCUCCCGUCCUGGGCACCAGCCCAUCCUCCCCAACCUUCACCUUUGCCCUCGGCCGCCAUUACUCCAAGGACUGCAGCAGCAUCAAGGCCGGCCGCCGCUCCUCCUACCUGCUGGCGAUCACCACGGAGCGCUCCAAGUCCUGCGAUGACGGGCUCAACACCUUCCGGGACGAGGGCAAGGCUCUUCGGUGCCUGCCAAACCGAGUACCCAGCUUGCGGAUGCUCCGAAGCUUCUUUACUGAUGGGUCCUUGGAUAGCUGGGGCACUUCCGAAGAGGCUGACGCUCCUUCUAAGCGACACUCAACCUCUGACCUCUCGGACACAACCCUCAGCGAUAUCAGGAGAGAAGGCUGGUUGUAUUAUAAGCAGGUCCUCACCAACAAGGGGAAGGCUGAGGACCGGGAUGACAUGCUGGGCUGGAUCAGAGCGAUCCGAGAGAACAGCAGGGCCGAGGGCGAGGACCCCGGCUGUGCCAACCAAGCUCUGAUCAGCAAGAAGCUUAAUGAUUACCGAAAAGUGAGCCAUAGCUCUGGGCCCAAAGCUGAUUCCUCCCCAAAAGGCUCUCGGGGCCUGGGGGGCCUCAAGUCUGAGUUCCUCAAACAGAGUGCAGCGCGUGGCAUCAGGACUCAGGACCAGCCUGCAGGGAGCAAGGAUGACAGUGUUGCUGCCCCCAAAAGCCCCUGGGGCAUUAACAUCAUCAAGAAGAAUAAGAAGGCAGCCCCCAGGGCAUUCGGGAUCCGGCUAGAGGAGUGCCAGCCAGCCACGGAGAACCAGCAUGUCCCCCUGAUCGUGGCUGCGUGCUGUCGCAUCGUGGAGGCGCGAGGGCUGGAGUCCACGGGCAUUUACCGAGUGCCCGGCAACAACGCCGUGGUGUCCAGCCUGCAGGAGCAGCUCAACCGCGGGCCCGGUGACAUCAACCUGCAAGAUGAGCGCUGGCAAGACCUCAACGUGAUCAGCAGCCUGCUUAAGUCCUUCUUCCGAAAGCUACCUGAGCCUCUUUUCACUGACGACAAAUACAACGACUUCAUCGAAGCCAAUCGCAUUGAAGACUCGAGGGAGCGAUUGAAAACGCUGCGGAAACUGAUCAGGGACCUCCCAGGACACUACUAUGAGACACUGAAAUUCCUCGUGGGCCAUCUGAAGACCAUCGCUGACCACUCAGAGAAAAACAAGAUGGAGCCCCGGAACCUGGCCCUGGUCUUCGGGCCGACGCUGGUGAGGACGUCGGAGGACAACAUGGCCGACAUGGUGACGCACAUGCCUGACCGAUACAAGAUUGUGGAGACGCUGAUCCAGCAUUCAGACUGGUUCUUCAGUGACGACGAGGACAAGGGAGAGAGAACCCCUGUGGAUGACAAGGAGCCGCAGUCAGUACCCAACAUCGAGUAUCUCCUGCCCAACAUUGGCAGGACAGUGCCCCCUGGCGACCCAGGUCCCGAUCCCACCACCUGUAGUUCAGCCAAGUCCAAGGUAAGCUGUCAAGGGUCAGGGGUCAAAGGUCAAUGUUCAGGAGUCAAGGGUCUGAGGUCUAGGGUUAUGGUUAGGGUUGUCAAGUUUGGGGAUCAAGGGUCAAAGGUCAAGAGUAAAAGUCAAUGUGUCAAGUACCUAAGGUCAGGUGUCAAGGUCAGGGUGGUCAAGGGUCAAAGAUCAAUGGUUAAGGGUCAGAAGUCAAAGUGCAUGGUGUCAAAGACUAGGGCUAGUGCUAGGGGUUUGGGGUUAGGGUUAGGUUUGCUAGGGUAGUUAAGAGUCUAGGUCAAGUGUCAAGGUUUAGGGUCAAAGGUCAGGGUUCAGGGGGCCAACAUUUCAGAGGUCAAAGGUCAGGGGUCAAGGUUUAUCAUUCGGGUGUCAAGGGCCAGGGGGCAAAGGUCAGCAGUCAGGGGGUCAAGUGUCAGGGUUCUAAGGUCUAGGGCAAGCAUGUCAAACUCGAGGCCAGCAGG